CUUCUGUGCCGCUCGGCUCCUGUGAAAAGUCCCUGGUGUGACUGUGUGAACUCUCUUGUGUGUCUGUGUGUGUGUGUGUGUGUCUGUGUCUGUGUGUGUGUGAUCAGACGUGUUUAAUGUGUGCGGGUGCGUUUGGGGUUUUGUGUUUUCCUAAGUGGACCUGCAGUGCGGCCGUUGCUCAGCGGCGCUGACCGGAGCCGGAGGAAGAGAGCGCUCCCUCACUGCGUCUCGUGUUAACUUGCACGCCGGCUGCAUCUCGAGUUGUCUUUAGACUCUCUGGACGUUUGGCCCCGAUGCAGGACUUUGCUGCUGCUCUCUUUCUGCCCCUCAGGCACCACUCCCACCGCUGGGAUUACAGAAGAAUUUUCUUUACAGCUUUCUGAAAAGGAAAAAAAAAAGAGGAUUUCAACUGGAAUUUCUACCUGCCUCACAUGCUGUUGUGUUUAGCUGGUGUCUCAAUCCCAUAACCGACUUUCAACCCUCUGCUCCGCUCUUUCCGGACUGAGCUAAGGUCACUUUAUCCUGAAUCUGAAGGGAGUUUUUUUUUAUAGCUUAACUUUGUGUUACUGACAGACAUGCAUGACCCGGAGAACGGGUGUUUUGUGGGCUCAUAGUGAGCGCUCGGUCAGUUUGUGUGUGUAUGUGUGAUUGUUGGUCUGUAAAGGACUCGCUCUCUAUGGACUCUCAGAUGGGAAUAGGUGCACCUGAGGUCUUUUUCUCUGCAAUGGACAACCUGUAAAUCGAUGGAAAACGGCAAAAAGAAAAACAGAAACGUGUUCACGGAAAUGGUCAGUGCCACCAGAACAAUGACGGGCUCAGGUGGAUUCUGAGAAUUUAGCUGUCACGGAAAUGGAGAGCAAGGUCUCUCACCCCAUGUGCGAAGUUUCUCUCCCGUUUUUGUGCUGAGUGGUAAAUCAGGACGUCCUUCACGGAACAGUGGAUCUGCACUGGAACCCUAUAGAGUUUGCUGGAACGUUCCAGAAUAGUCAACAUCUGACAGGACAUCUGCAGACGGCAUAAGCCCGCCACCACUGGAGCGUUGCCAAGACAGCCUUAAAAAACAAGGAGAAUCAUUAUUGGAUUGAGCUUGUCUCAUCCAAGUCUAAUAAAGCAGGUCCAAAACCAGACCAAAGGCAAGUGCACUUUUCUCUGUGGCCCCAUUAAACAGACAAGACCUGGGCCAAGCCAGGUCAAAAAGAACAGGCAUUGGACUAGCUCUGAAUCAGGAGGAAAUUCAAACAGCAGACCAAAACAAAAACAAAUCAGAAAUAAGCUCUUUAAAAAAAACUCCAUAGGUUUUGGAAUACGGGACAGAGCCUUUUCCUUCCACCGCUCUAGACCAUAACACACAGCCUUCGCUUGUGCUACCUCCAACCGUGCCAAGAUGAUGACCAUGAUGAUGAUGAUGGCAGCCAUGAUGGUCACCUGCAGCUCUCUGCUGCUGCUGGGGCUGGCCGCUGCCCAUGCUACCUCCAAUACCAUGCCCCGGACCUCCUCUUCCUCCUCUUCAUCUUCCUCCUCCUCCUCUUCAUCAUCCUCCUCACCUCGCAUGAAGCUGUCAUACAAAGAGCUGCAGCAGUUUCAUGGCGUGCGUCGGUUCGAGCUGGAGCGCUCCUGCUGUUUCAGUGCCCUGCUACUGGAUGAGGAGCGAGGGCGACUGUUUGUCGGAGCAAGGAACUUCCUGCUCUCACUUUCCUUGGACAACAUCGCCAAGCAGGAGCACAAGAUCUACUGGCCAGCGCCUGUUGACUGGAGAGAGGAGUGUAACUGGGCUGGCAAGGACAUCAACAUGGACUGUGUGAACUAUGUGAAGAUCGUGCACCACUAUAACCGCACCCACCUGUAUGCCUGUGGUACCGGGGCAUUCCACCCAACCUGCGCCUUUGUGGAGGUGGGGCAGAAGAUGGAGGACCAUGUUUUUAGGAUUGAUCCUUCUAAAGUAGAAGACGGGAAGGGGAAGAGUCCGUAUGACCCCCGCCACCCUGCUGCCUCAGUACUCGUGGGCGAUGAGCUCUAUGCAGGCGUGGCCACAGACCUAAUGGGGCGGGACUUCACCAUCUUCAGAAGUCUUGGGAAACGCCCCUCCAUACGCACUGAACAGCAUGACUCACGCUGGUUAAAUGAACCAAAGUUUGUGGGCUCCUUUUGGGUGCCAGAGAGUGAGAACCCUGACGAUGACAAGAUCUUUUUCUUCUUCCGAGAGACGGCCGUAGAAGCUCAAGGUCUGGGCAAGUCCACGUACUCCCGCAUAGGACAGCUCUGCAGGAAUGAUAUGGGUGGCCAGCGGAGCCUGGUGAACAAAUGGACGACGUUCCUAAAGACUCGUCUGAUCUGCUCGGUGCCCGGAGCCGAUGGCAGUGACACGUACUUCGAUGAGCUGCGUGAUGUGUUCCUGCUGCAGACCAGGGACCGGAAGAACCCUCUGGUCUACACAGUCUUUUCUACUUCCAGCAGUGUGUUUAAGGGCUCAGCCGUGUGUCUCUACACCAUGAAUGACAUCCGGAGGGCCUUUCUGGGGCCCUUCGCUCACAAGGAGGGGCCCAACUACCAAUGGAUCCCAUUCCAGGGAAAAGUGCCCUACCCACGCCCUGGCAUGUGCCCCAGCAAGACAUUCGGCAGUUUUGAGUCCACUAAGGGUUUCCCUGAUGACGUGAUCCAGUUUGCCCGGCACCACCCGCUGAUGUUUAACCCAGUCUACCCUCUGAAUCGCCGGCCUGUCUUCCUCAGAACCAACGUGGACUACAGCUUCACACAGAUUGCUGUGGACCGGGUAGGGGCUGCAGACGGACAAUACGACGUCAUGUUUAUUGGCACAGACAAAGGAACCGUGCUGAAGGUCAUCAGUGUUCCCAAGGAGAGUUGGAACAACAUGGAGGAGCUCCUUUUAGAGGAGCUGGAGGUCUUCAAGGACACCUCGUCUAUCAUCAAUAUGCAGAUCUCCUCAAAACGACAACAGCUCUACGUGGGCUCAGAUACAGGCAUCGCCCAGGUGCCUCUCCAUCGCUGUAGUGUUUAUGGGAAGGCCUGUGCUGAAUGCUGCUUGGCCAGAGACCCUUACUGCGCCUGGGAUGGUACUUCAUGUACACGCUACCUACCUAAUACCAAAAGACGAUUUCGCCGCCAAGAUGUGAGAAAUGGAGAUCCCAAUACCCUCUGCUCUGGAGACCACCACAAGCAUCGGGUGCCAGAGAAGAGACUAUAUGGAGUUGAGGGAAGCAGCACCUUCUUGGAGUGUAUCCCCAAAUCCCUACAGGCCAGAGUCACCUGGACCUUCCAGAAACAUCCACAGAACCAAAGGGAAGAGGUGCGUCUAGAUGACCGGGUCCUCCAGACUGACAGAGGCCUUCUGAUUCGCCGCAUCCUUAAGAGAGACAUAGGUGUCUAUCAAUGCCAUGCCAUGGAAUACGGUUUCACCCAAACGUUGCUGGGCAUCACGCUAGAGGUCGUCCCCUCUACAUCACCUUCCAUCUCCAACUUGCCCUCUGAACCUUCAGUCCGAUUGGACCCCCGUAGUGGAGGCGGGCCCUCAUCGACCAAUCAAAAGCUGUGGUACCGGGACUUCAUGCAGCUGGUAGACCACCCUAACUUGAGCACUGUUGACCAAAUAUGUGAGCAAGUUUGGGCACGCAAGAAUGCCGGCGACCAAUCAGACAAGGGCUUCCCGGUGCAAGCGAAGGCAGCCCCAUCCCUGGGGCCGGUAAACCGCCCACCUAACAAGAAGUGGAAACAUCUUCAAGAAAUUAGGAAGGGGAGAAACCGCCGAACCAAUGAUGGGAAGCCAAAUCCACGGGCGCCACGCAGUGCAGGAGAGUAACAACGGAGAAGAUAAGAGAGAGAGAGAGAUGCAGGGAGGAAAGAAUGACUAAUACGGAGAGAGGGAGAGAGAAAGGAGAAACGUCGACAGGAGGAAAAUGAAAAAAAAAAUGGUAGAAAGUGACUGAAAGACACCAAGAACUCCUUGGAGGUGUUGAAAUACAUACACACACACACACACACACACACACGCAUGCACAUAGAGACAAAAACAUGUAUACAUGCACACCCAUGCGCACACACAUACAUACAUACAUACAUACAUACAUACAUACAUACAGCACCUCCUCUGUUGUGUAUAUUUAUCUGCGGAUGCCCCCACUAUAUUCUACCCCCGAAGCUCCUUAACCAACCUCCCUAAAUACCCCCAACCCCGAACCGCUGGCCAGCCAUGUAUGUACUGCCUUACUGCCCAUAUCGCCCUGAUUCUGCAUGAGCCCUUCACUUCAUUCCAGUAACAUAAUCAAGUGUAUAAGCAGGAAUAUGGGGGCAUAACUGCCUCUCUCUGCGGGCAAAUAGGUGACACCAACCUAUUAUUACCAUCCUCAUUAACUAAAGCCACCUGUCUUCCUGGGUAUCAAGGUGUAGCUACAUGCUAGCCCAUUUACCAAUGGCAUGGAUAGUUUGUUCACAGCAUAGACACUCAAUGACCACUGCAUCUCUAAUCCAAAACUGGCCCAAAGCUGCUUGGAUAGACUUUCCUGUAAGCACCUUGCAUAGUUGAAGACCUCUUACCACUGUAAAAUGGACUCAAAUCAUGGACUCGAGUUAGACAAAAGACGGUGUAAGGGGUCACUGUGACCCAGUGACUUUGAUUGGACUAUACUGGAAAGUUAUAGUUUACGACUGGAAAAAUGGCACAUGGUUAUAUGCAGGUUCUGCACACUCACAUGCACGCGCGCACACACACACACACACACACACACACACACACUCACAUGCAUUAAGAUUGAUAACUAAAAUACUGUUCAUGCAUAUAUGCAACACAGUACUACUCAUGCAUAUAUGCAAGACAAUGUCACAUGUAAGAGCUUAAGUUUGCAUGCAACACAUGCACACACAAGCACACAGAUAUCCUUUGAGAUUUUGACAUUAUCUAUACAUGUCCUCACAGAACAUGAUGAUAGACUGGUUCACAUUUUUCUGGUAGUACAUGUGUGCAUGUCCUCAGUAUCUUCAGAUUUCAUCUAUAAAUGCAAAAUGCAGUCAUGGCAGAGACAGGGAUGCAGUUUAAAAUGCAGCGCAGACCUUGAGGCACAGAUCAGCAUGAUGCAGAACUGGUUUUAUAUCAGUCCAAACCACUAGGGAGGAAGGGUGGAGAAACUACUGGCAUUCCAUUGGUACGAGAGAACAUUUGAACAUUUACACAGAGAAAGAAAGCUGUUUUUCUGUUUGUUUGUUUGUUGUUUUUUAAACUUCCUUCACCAGGAGAACCAAGAGGGUUAACUCCAUGACAUAUUCCUUUUAACACAAUAAAAAGGAGUCGAUUUUGUCCAGAAGAGCUGAUUAUGACCCAAAAAAAACAAAACAAACAACUUUUAUUUAUGAUAAUACAGGUGUAUAAAGAAAGACGACUGACACAAUGGAAACGGGGGCAGAUGUUCUUGUGCAUAUGGGCAACAUUUGAGUAUCGUUAUUUGAACCCUGGCUUCAUUUAAAAGCAGCGACUCUGUCCUUUAGUAUUUAUCUGCAAUUUGUUUGUAUUGCAAGUAAGACGUUCCUUCGAGGGGGGAACAUGAGGAGGAAGAGGAGGUGAAAGAAGAGAAAGUAGAGGAGAGAAUCCUGAAAGUGAGACGGGUCACAUUCUCAGUAAAACCCUAGUGGACUCGGUUUGACAAGCCAUGUUUUUGGGCUCCAAUAUAGUAUUAGCAUGAUAUUUAUGAGUGGAUGAUUUUAUUCCCCUGUUCUCCACUGCUACGUCUUGCUAUUCUACACUGUUGAUGCAUACAUACUAUGUGGUUUGCGAUAUAAAUUUACAGAGAUAUGUGAGAUUAGCGAGUCACUCACACACACACACACACACACACACACACACACACACACACACACACACACAGAUAAGUGACUUGUCAUUCAUGGCACUACAGUAUCUGCAAGCCUGGGUUGUUUUUUUUUGCUAUUCACACAAUACGUUUCCACUUUUUACAGAUAAUUUUCCAUAUGGUUUUAUACACUGUUCAAACCACUCCUCACGUUGUCGAGUUGCAGUCAUCUGCGUUUGAGUAUCAUUGUUACUCGCUGCUUGUCAUCUCCUCCUUUUGGACAAUAAGGACGAAGUCUUCCUACCCUCUGUCAAUAGUGCUAUCCCUCUCUUUAUGUUUUGUCUGUAAACUGGAACAGUUGCUAACCCUCACAUGCAGUCAAGAGACUCCAUUUGUUGGUCCCAUGUGAUAUUAACGGUGUGUGUAGCGCGCCCCCAAGUGGCUGUUUUUGUAUAGGCCUAGUGCUACGAUGUACGAUUCAAAUCACAGUCCACUGAUGUGAAAGAUGGCCUUUGUGUUUUACAUGCAUAACAUUUUCAUGUCCCCUUUACUGAUAUAUCAGGCCUUUUUGUGCUGCUGCCAGGAACUUCAAACUUUGUUCGCCAAAGCAGCCGGGUGUUGAGGCUAUAUUUCAUGUAUUUAACUGCUCUAUGAAUACACAGCGUAUGUCCAAAAGUCAUCUCACCAGGCUGCUUUACUGAAUAUACAGCAUGUCUUACAAGUUUGAUUUCCAGACUAAAGAGGCAAAAAAUGUAAGCGACAUCGCCAGCUAUAACUGGGUCUGUGUGGUAAUCUGUGCCAUAAUAAAAAAAAAUAAUAAUUUUGACUUCAAAAUCUCCUUGUCCCAUGACAAGUCUAUGGUCAUAUUGAAAAGGCUUUGGGAACCAGGUCGUUACCCUAGGGGGCAGUACAGACAAGGCCUGCUGAGUGGAUCUUAGAUGUAUGGAAUCAUUGUUGUUAUUUAUAUACCUGCUUUAUAAAGAUGUAAUUAACUCUUCAAACUGAACUUAAAUGAACCGACUGAAGCCUGUUAAAGGGACACUCCACAGUUUGACCUCGCAAACAGGAAAAUGACGAAUUACUCCAAAUAGAAGGGUUUACACGUUAACAGUCGGCCCAUGCCCUCUGUACACAUCACACACACUCCAUCAUUUACCCUGUUCAGGGGCAAAAUCAGUUCAGCGAGAGGAUGGCUUGCUACUGUCUUCUGUUUGUAAUGAGUGGAUGUUUCGUUUCAGGAGCGACGUCAAACUGACCCAAGUGUCCCUUGUAAGCAGGCUGUUGUAUUUGUGCUCCUUUGAAUUUGCAUGACCAAUGUUAGUGGCUAUAUGCGUUUGACAAUGGUGAGGUGGAGAGAAAGAGCAGGGGGAUGAAAAGAGAGCGUGAAAGAGAGAAAGCACAAUGUUGAAUAUUAUUAUUCCUAUGUAUUUAUGUGCAAAGAUAAGCUGAUAUGUUGUGGUGGAUUUUUUUCGUUUUAUUUUAUUUUGUUCUUAUAAAUGUAGAUUUACAUUGGUACCUUUCAUGUUCUGCUGAGAAGGACUCAUCCUUGAGACUGUUUCUUUUUUUUUCUCUCAUUUUCUUUUUUUACUUUGUACAUUACAAGCAGUGGGGGAAAUACUUCCUGAAUCCAGUGUCCACCUAGAGUCAUUGUUGUUCACACAGCCCUCCAGUCGACACUCCUGUUCUAUUCCACGCCAUGUGACGCACCUCUGAAUGACAGGUGGGUGUGUGUGUGUGUGUGUGUGUGUGUGUGUGUGUGUGUGUGUGUGUGUGUGUAUUUCAGGGGGAAAGGAGAGCUCUGUAUAUAAUGGCUAAGGAAGUGUGUAGAGCGGCCUGUUAGUUAAAGUUCAAAGGUCGAAGGCCAAAGUUAACGUGGUGCACUGUAAUACUCCCAGAGGUCUUUGUGAAUCGUUGUGUCGGAUUGUUUUUGAUUAACACAAUAAAAAAAUACCC